AUGGCCUCAACAGCAGGCACGGACGAGCCCAGCACCAUCGUCAAUGGAGACGUCCCGCGCACAUCCUCCGUCUCGGCAGCUGCCGCAGCAGCGGCAGCAGCGAGCUCGAACCCCGAAUUCGACGUGGCCAAGCUGCAGGGGCUUCCAACUGAGCAACAGGAGCUGCUUCUCCUGAACUUUGUCUCCGCCUUGGGCAAACAUGUCCUCGCACUCCCGCCCGACGAUUGCACCGCGCAGCAGUUCUACCUCAAAAAGGAGGUCUUUAAGAUCCUCAACCUCGCGACCCCGCCGCCCACGAGGGUCGUGCGCAACACGCUCGGGAAAUGUCUGGCACAUAUAUUUGGCAAAGGGGAUCGGAAGUUGCUGUUUGAAACAGUCAACGAGCUGUCCGGAAUCAUAUCUGGUGGGAAGUCGAAGACCGAAGCUGAGAUACGGACGAAGCAUGCCGCUGUUACAUGUCUGGGCGAGGUCUAUGCGGCCGCGGGGGACAGCGCGAUUAAUUUGCACCAGCUCGCCUGUACGGCCCUAUUGAAGCUACUCAAGUCCUCUUCGAGCAAUGCCGGGCUUCGGGCAGCGGUGUUCACGGCGUUUGGGAGGAUCGCAACAAUGCUUGGGGGCAGUCUGGAUGAGAGCCUCGCAAGGGAUAUUUGGAAACAGGGCCGGAAUUAUGCCACCAGCGACAAAGGGUCGCUCGUCAUCAUCUCGGCGUGUCGUUGUCUGCGGGCGCUGUUGCAGUUUACGCCUUAUUUUCAGACCUCGAGUGAUUUUGACAGCCUCCGGUCGUCUAUGUUCAAGACGUUCGAUUCGUCUUCGCCCAAUGUACGUUCUGCGGCCGCCGACUGUCUUUCAGAAGCCCUGGUUCGCGGCUACUCCGAGUCCGCUAUUGGCGAGGCGCCGCUGGUGCUCGUGAAACGAACAAAAUCCAAGGCUAUCAAACGUCAGUCCACACAAGUUGGCGCGCUCCAAGACGAGGAUGACCUCCCUGCGCGCCCGGAAAGCCCGGCCCCUGGCAAGAAAUCCCAGGAUCUCGCCCUUUCGCUAGUUGAUAUGCUCAAAAUGCUGUCUACGCAAUACGUCCGCAUGUCAACCUCGAAUAAAUCAAGGGCAGCGCUCGCUGUUUGCUACGGGAGCUUGUUUAAGAAACUGGGAGAGAAGACGAUCGAGAACAACUACACCCAGAUUGUGGAGCACCUGACGGUCGAGAUUCUUGGCCACAACAACGUCAACAACAACCGAUACCGUUUGUUGAUAUCACGACGCAUGGUAGAGAUCACCGUGCAGGACAUUAUUGGGAAGAAAAUCCUUGGCGAAUCGGGCCAGACUAGCGCCGCCAAAGCGCUGCUCAACGAUGUCAUCAAGAACUACCCGCAAGCGCUGAAAGAAAAGCCCGAGCCGACGAAACAAACGCUUACCGUGGCGCUGGGCGCUCUGGCAUCGCUCGUGAACAGCUUGGGGUCGGCGGCGAACAGCUUUUCAGAAGCGUGCCGCGAUGGUCUGAUUCAGGUUCUACAACAUCCCAGCUACACCGUCCAAGUGUACGCUUCGUCGUGUCUUAAGACCUUCCUGCUAGCCUGCCCUCAACAGCUAUUACCGUGUCUCUCGGUGUGUAUGAACAGCCUGAGCCGGGAGCUCGGACUGUUGGGGACUGGGCGAGGCUCUCCCCGUCGGUGUCUCGGCUUUGCACACGGCCUUGCUGCCGGGCUCAGCGCGAGCCCGCAGCGGCCGCUGUAUGGAUCAGUUGACAUUAACAGCCGCGUACUCACCAUGUCUACGAACCUCCUCAAGUCCAGCGGGAGCUCUGAGUUGCGUGUGGCGAGUACUCAGAUUCAGGUCGCCUGGACCUUGAUCGGGGGGCUCAUGUCACUAGGCCCCAACUUUGUCAAGAUCCAUCUUUCUCAGCUCCUUCUUUUGUGGAAGAACGCCUUGCCCAAGGUCUUGUCCAAGGACAGCUCGAUCCACAGAAACUACCUCAACGCAUCUUUCUUGACGCAUGUCCGAGAGUGUGCGCUCGGCUCGAUCCUUGCGUUCCUCGAGUUUAAUAGCCGUCUCCUGACAGUUGACGUCUCGAAACGAAUCGCCACCAUGUUGCAGAGUACCACGACUUUCCUCAAGACGCUCCCUUCCAAGAAGACGGCCGAAGACAUCAGCGAACGGCUCACGCCAUCGCUCCAACUGCAGGACCUGGAGACUAUGGUACAGCGGAGGGUUCUCCAGUGCUAUACCAAGCUGGUGAACAUUAGCCCAGCCGGCGGUACCGAGGCGCUGCUUCAGUCUAACCUCUUGAUUCUGGCCAUCUCUCUCUUCGCGGACCCGGACAAUUACACACCCACUUCACUUAGUGCAUCAAUCGCCAACACGGCCUCAACAUUUGAGUCGGUCUGGGAUAUUGGCGACAAUUCCGGGUUUGGUGUAAACGGUCUUGUCCGUGGCUUCAACGUUAGACCUUUACCAGGACAACAUGAGAGCUCGGUAGAGCGCACUCCGUCUGGCAGAGAAGGGCUGGAGGAAGAGAUCGAAAAGCUCCUACUCUCACCCAUCUGCGGCACGCUGGAGCACGACGCUUCGAUCCUUUACAUUGGGAGUGCGGAUGGGCCGAGUCUUCCUGAUCCCGCGGCGACCGAAGUGGUCAACAUGGCCAUUCAGCUCUUUGCUUUUGUGUUCCCUCUCACGCCCGCCAAGGUCCAAGAAAGUGUGCUCGAGCAAGUCACAACAUUUGUUGCUGCCGGCUCCGUACAGCGAGACCCGGGCCGGAAAGCCGCUGUUAAUGUCAAUGUGGCUACUGCUCUGCUCUCGAUCUUGCGGGUAGCUGUCAAGGAGACCAAGGCACCCGCGGGAGAUGUGACCAACGAGGCCGUGGAGAAGCUUAUCCAAGAGCUGCUUCGCGAUUUUGUCUUGGACCGCGACCAAUACGUUCGGAGCAUCGCCUACGAAGCGGUGGCUCGGCUAUGUGGCACCUGUGGGAACGCUUUUACCAACCAGGAGAUUAAGCAUCUCGUCGACACCAUCGUUGUCAACCGGGAACCGAGCGCACGAGCAGGCUGCGCGAUGGCCCUCGGGACCAUCCAGGCUAAGAUCGGCAGUAUGGCAGCCGGGUACCACCUCAAGACGAUCUUAAACAUUCUUCUGUCCCUGUGCAAUGACCCGCACCCGACCGUUCACUACUGGGCCCUGGAGGCGGUCGCCCGAGUUGCGGAUGCCUCCGGGCUGGGGUUUGCCAACUACGUCUCUGCUACCUUGGGCAUGCUGGCCAACCUCUACUUUUCGGAAACCCACAGCCCCGAGGUCGCACUGCCAGCGUCGAUGAACCUCGAGGUGGAAUCGUCCACGUCCGCAGCCAUCGCGCAUUGCGUGGACUCACUCAUUAAUGUGCUUGGUCCCGACUUGCAGGACUCGACCAAGUCCCGGGAGUUAAUCCUCACCCUUGUCGGCUUCUUCCAACAGGAAGAGGACCUCGAGGUGCAACGAGCCAGCCUAGUAUGCCUCGAGCACCUCUCCCUCUAUGCGCCGGGUAACAUGAAUUUUGGCGAGUAUGUCCGGACGCUGCAGGGCUAUCUUGCGUCCGAAUCGACUGUUCUUCGAGACGUGGUCGUGGACGGGCUGCACAACCUGAUGAAGCGGAACCCGUACGACGUGAUCGAGGCCGCGGACACGGGGUUCGAGGACCAGCUGUGGUUGGUGCUGGAUGCCGACCCGAGCCACGACGGCAUGCACAACACGCUGCGCAACUGGAUGCGACAUACGUGUCUGGCUAACACGGCCGCGUGGUUGGCGCGGUUCCAGCACGUGCUCAAGAUGACUCGGCCCAAGGAAGCAGUGCGACAGACGGCGAGUACGAAGAAAUCUGGAGCGGGACUGGAUUUGCAGGACGAGGAGGUUGCUGGGUUUGCAUCGGCUGAGGGGGCGACCAAGGAUGAUAAGGAUGUGCUGACGGGCUCGGAUGUUGAGCCGUUGCGGUGGCAGGUCACAACGUUUGCGAUGGAUUGUCUCAAUGACAUUUUUAUUCUCGUAGCCAAGGAUAUCGCCACGAAUGGGGAGUCGGCGGCUCAGGUUGCGCUCCAGGCCAAGAUUGCUGAUGUCGUGCGCAUGGCCUUCUCGGCGUCCACGUCUGGUGUUGUCGAGCAAAGGAUCUGGGGUCUCAAGAUCAUCGGCGCAGUGUUGAAAAUGUUUGGCAAGUCGCCGGACCCAGACUUUGAAGAGGCCAUGCUGCUGGAGCAGUACCAGGCCCAGAUCAGCUCGGCACUCACCCCGGCGUUCGCGGCCGACUCGUCCCCGGAGCUGGCCGCCGAGGCAGUUAAUGUCUGCGCGGGCUUCAUCGCAACGGGCAUCGUCACGGACGUCGACCGUAUGGGCCGGAUCCUCAAGACGCUGGUCAGCUCGCUGGAGAACUUCCAGACGGAGGAUGAGAACGCCGGGAUUGGCGACCUCAAGGGCCUCAGCUCGAACGCGCGCGUCAUGGUCAAGAUGGCCGUGUUUGGCGCGUGGGCGGAGCUGCAGGUGGCCAGUUCGGAACAAAAGUACCUGCUCGAGGUGCUCAAGCCGCAUAUUGGCACGCUAACGCCGCUGUGGCUCGAGUCGCUGCGUGAGUUUGCCAGGCUGCGCUUCGAGCCGGACAUCUCCAUGACUCUGGGCCCCCCUUCGUUGUCGGGCAGCCUGGAUACCGUGUACGCCGCGCUGAACCGGGAGACGCAGCUCAAGUUCUACCAGGAUUCGUGGCUGAAGUUGGUCGAUGCGAUUGCUAGCUUGAUCGGGCAGGACAGCGAGUUUGUGUUUGAUGCGCUCGAUGGGAAGGAGGUCACUGGGCCGAUUCGUACUAACGUCAACGGCACGGAUGCUUCUGCUUCUACUGCUGUUACCAAGGGCCUGGAUAUCAACUACCGCGACGAACCCGUGGCCUUCUUCUUUGUGCUGUUUGGCAUAGCGUUUGAGGCGCUGGCGACUAAGCCUGGGCAAAGUGAGUCCCUGGCCACACAGGAGCAGACGCUGGCGAUCCUGAGCGCCCUCAAAAAGAUACUCCACCCGAGCGUGUCCGGCCAGGCGAUCUACCGCGAGGCCAUCUUCUCCGAGACGAUGGACCUGCUCGACCGGCUGGUCCUUACCGAGGGGCUUGACGUCCAGGGGGUCAUUGUAGAGAUCGCCCGGGGCUUGUGCCUUGCCCACCCAGCCGCCCGCAAACAAGAUGAUGCCGACAACGGGGAGUUGUCGGAGGACAUUGAACAGCUGUUCGAGCUAACCCGCAUCAUUGUCCUAGUACUCUCGGGCCUCCUCCCAGGCCUGAGUGACAGCCCGCAGCAGCCGAUGCGUCAUCAGAUGACGGAGGAAGCGAUUCUGCUGAUCAAGACAGCGCUCAACGCGCUGGUGGAUGCCGCUGAGGUGUUCCCGGCGAUCAUCAAGACCGAUCUGUACGCGUGUAUCAUCCACAUCUUCGCCACAAUCCUGGCCACACCGGCGUGUCAGGACGUGAUAGUGCCGCAGUCGCUACCGACACUCAAGCGGUUCAUCAAGAGCGUGUCCCAGUCACGGCAUCUGUCGGCUUCUGAAGAUGGAAGCGCGGCGUCCCAGACGGAGAUUCAGCUCCUCGGGUGUCUGCGCCGGUUCCUGUCGAUUUAUGUCCAUGCGCAAAAGCGUGAAGCGCCGACGUCCCUGACGUGUGUCAAGAACUGUUUGUUGGCACUCACGGUGCUGUUCACGGCGGGUGAGAACCACCUGCCGGCAAGCGAGCCGUUGGUGGAGAGGUUUUUGGACGAAGUGCUGGAUUGUUUGACGGAUCGAAUGACCGCCAAAAUGGCCGCCUCCUGCCUACGCACUCUCCUCAUCGCACCCUCAACCUCCUCCUCCUCUUCCCCCACCGCCGCCGACAAUUCCCUCGCCCGCCACCUCCUCCCCCGUCUCCUCGCCUUCCUCACCAACACCGACCCAGAAGACCCCGAAUUCGCCCGCGCCCUCGUCGCACACGCCCUCUGCGCCUACGUCGCUACCCUAUCGCAGACGCCCCGGGCCUCGGUCGCCAUUGCCCUGGUCCUGCCAGCGUUGCUGUCCCGUGCGCUGAGCGAAGGGGAAGGGGUGUAUGCGGAGACCAGUGUGCGGUUGUUGGAGCUGGCGUCGGCGGAUCAGGGGGCGUUUAGGGGGGUUGUGGGGGGGUUGGGGGAUGGGCAGAGGGGGUUUUUGGAGGAGGUUAUUCGGAGUGGGAGGGCGGCAGGGGGGAUUCAGGGUGCGGGAGCUGGGGAUGAGGAUGAGGGGAGUAAGGAGCCGAGUAUUGCGUUGAAGAUGAAUUUUGGGGGGUAG